AUGGAAGUAAAUGGAACGAAAGCCCAGGACAAUGGUGCGACAGGGUCAUUUUUCAACGUCACGAUCAAUCAAAUGUACUUAUUGCUCAAUAUAACUGUUGAAGAUAACAUUACAGAUUACGAGAACAUCACCUACGGGGAUCCACCGGUAUUUAUUGAGACAUGGCUUAUGCCCGUCAUCUUUGCUCUGAUAUUUCUUAUCGGAGUAACCGGCAACUUUCUGGUUAUCUUUGUCAUACUGAAACACAAACGAAUGCGGACAACCACCAAUUUCUAUAUUCUCAGCUUGGCAGUCUCAGACUUUGCUUUUCUGUUUUUCUGUGUGCCGUUCACCGCUACUACACAUGCCACGCACUGGCUAGCUGGGAAUUUCAUGUGCAAGUUCACGUUCUAUCUGAUGAGUGUAACAGUACAAGCCACCUGCAUUACACUAACUGCGAUGAUGGUUGAUCGUUACUACGCUAUUGCGCAUCCCUUGAAAUCACUGAAAACAAGAACUCCGAAAGUAGCCGUGAUGGUCAGUGCUGGAGUAUGGACGGUGGCCUUGCUGUCAUCUAUCCCUGUCGCCCGAUAUCGAAGUGUGGUAUACCAUGAUUGGUACGGCAUACGACCAUUCUGCAUGGAGACUUGGCCGUCCCCAGUAUGGGAUAUCGGCUGGUACGUAUAUAUGAUAAUUGCUGCAUACUUAGCUCCUCUGCUUAUCAUCUCUGUGUGUAUGGGAAUGAUAAUGCGUCUUGUAUGGAAUUCCUCAUUGCUGUUUUCGACAACUCAGUCAAAGAGGCAACAGGCUAGGCAGCGACAGAAAAUCCGAAAAACUCGUAUGGUGUGCGUCGUCAUAUUUAUCUUCGCAAUCUGUUGGCUACCCGUCCACAUCAUGAACAUCUGGACAAGAGUGGAUAAGCAUUAUCCUGACAACAUGGUAGCAUAUGGUUUUCAGUUGUUCGGCAACUGUAUAUCUUACGCGAACUCGUGUGUUAAUCCUAUCAUUUACGCCUUCAUGAGUGACAACUUUCGAAGACGAUUCCAAGAAGUGUUUUCAUGCUGUCGUAGAAAAACUCAGAAGAAGAUACUAAACCGAGAGAGAGGAACAGUAAUAAUAACCAUGAAUAACGGGAAAAAUAGUUCCUAUAGAGGAAGACGCCAGCAUCGGUACACUCCAAAUCACACCAAUGUCACAAUAUGUGAAUCAUCAAUUAACCAUAAUUGUGCAAGUGAUUCCGAUGAUAGCCUAUCUAGUCCAGAUAUUAAGAGAACCCACAAGCACGUGCUGCGAUCUCCCCGAGCCGGCGUCCAGGCGCAG